GCAACCGCCCAACCCAGAUCCAAUCAGCGCACCCCCGGCGCAAGUUAGGCACGCCCUAUCAAAAAUAUCCAUUUAAAAUCGGACUAAUCACUCCCCGCCACCAAGCUCAUAUUCCAAAGUCCACUUGGGCAAAACCGUCUUUUCACAUUGAACGCACCACUAUAAAAACGCGCGGUCCCUCUUCAAUCAACUUUAGCUGCAAAAACCAUUUUACGAAAGCGGCAACUGAAAACACCUUAAAAUUACCAGAAAGCUCUCCUUCGCCGCCGCCCCCCAAUUCCGUCGCCGGAGGUUUGAACAAAACCUCCUAGAAUCAGUUCCUUCGUAGCCUGGAACUGGUUUUUCCGGCGGAAAAAUCAUCGUUUCGUUGCCGGAAAGUUAAUCACCCGGAGCUGGGAAAAGUUGUGCGGCGCAUGAUGGGAUUUUGCAUCUGUCCGUUGGAAACUCCGGCGAGGCUGCUGUGGUGCUCGAGCUUCUUCCGCCACAAGCUAAUGCUGUUCUAAUAAACUCUAGUGUUUUUUUAAGAGAAGAAAUCAUCCGCCGUUAGCAUUGUACUGUUAGAGGUGUUUAAAAUAUCUAGUGUGUUUUUUUUCUGAGACAAUUAUACAUACACGUUGCGUGCGUGUUUGAUAUUGGAUCUGCAAAUCAAAUCUGCGGAAGGAAAUGGAAUCCGGACGUAUUUUCUUCGAGCCGUCUUGCCAGAACAAUAUGCUGUUCCUCGGUAACGCCGAUUCCGGAUUUCGAGUCGGAGGAAGAACGGUGAUAAACAUGGAGGAAUCGUCGAAGAGGCGGCCGUUUUUCAGCUCGGCGGAGGAGCUGUACGACGAGGACUAUUUCGACGAGCAGUUGCCGGAAAAGAAACGCCGUCUCACUCCGGAGCAGGUGCACAUGCUGGAGAAGAGCUUUGAGGCGGAGAACAAGCUGGAGCCGGAGCGCAAGACGCAGCUGGCUAAGAAGCUGAACCUGCAGCCGCGGCAGGUGGCGGUGUGGUUUCAGAACCGCCGCGCACGGUGGAAGACCAAGCAGCUUGAGAGGGAUUAUGAUCAGCUCAAAUCCUCAUACGACUCCCUCCUCUGCAACUAUGACUCCAUCCUCAAGGAGAAUGACAAGCUCAAAUCUGAGCUUCUCUCCUUGACUGAGAAGUUGCAACCGGAGGAAACCGCAGGAGAGCUGAGUCAGAAGCCGGACCCGGUUGCGGCGGCGGAUGCAGUCCAGCCGUGCCUUGAGCUCACGGUGAAGGUGGAGGACCGCCUCAGCACCGGCAGCGACGGCAGCGCGGUGGUGGACGACGACGGCCGUCAGCUUCUCGACAGUGGCGAUUCAUACUUCCCCGACAAUGACUACCCCGACUGCAUGGCGGCUGUUGACGGUAUCAACUCCGAGGAGGACGACGGCAGUGACGACGGCCGGAGCUACUUCACCGAUGUGUUCGCGGUGGCGGAGCAGCAGGAGCCGAUAGGAUGGUGUAUCUGGUCUUAAAUAUAGACCUGUUUAUUAUCUAAUUGUGUUAUUUAAGUUCCUAGCUUGUUCUAAAAAUAAUUUGUAAUUUGAGUGUUGCUGUAUUUUCUUUGUAAUAUUGGGAGUUAUUAU